AUGGCAACACUCUUCACGAUUAGCCAAGCGCUGCACUAUGGAUGUGCCCUAAGUGUCCUUCUUGGAGUCUCCAUCACGGCGUUAAUCCGUUCGGGACAUGGUACAGGCACAUUGGCACGGCUAGCAAUACGCCGUUACACAACGCCAGUCAUAUCGUCAUUUUUCCUUCUCAUAUGCACAUAUUUGGUGGAGACCGUUAUUAGCGUCAUUCAAUCAGAUGCUUUUGGCAACCAACAAGCUCGUCUCGUUCAUCUUCUACUCUCCGCACUUGGGUGGUCCUCAGUCCUGUUUGGUCGAGACCUAGAACAACAACUACUCUGGGUUACUUACGGCAUAUCCUUGUUAUUUGAGGUGCCGUUGCUGGUCUUGGGGGCUCUCGAAAGACCUGGCACGCCGUCACCUAUUAUUUCAAUAUCUUGCCAAUCGAUCCGCAUCAUAGUUGUUUUGCUACUUCCGCUUGCUACCACUCGACGAAGAUCAUUCGCCCAUGACGAUGGAUCUUCUGAAGAAAGCCAACCAUUCCUUUCAGAACAAUCCCGGGACGAAGCGAGGCAAGCCAAUUACGGAACCGAUGGGUUCCACGACGAAUCCUCUACAGAGGUCGCCAGCGGAGACUCCAAAAACAACGAUGAAGGCGCUCGCAUGAAGCGCCAUCGGGCCCAGAAACUUUAUGAGAAAGGGGGUCGGUGGGUUUAUCUCAAACAAUUCGCCGUAUUUAUUCCAUUCUUCGUCACAAAAAAUGACCGAAAGGUUCAGUUGUCCGUCUUGCUCUGUCUCCUUAGCGUUGCUGGCAGAAGAGCGAUGAACAUCCUGAUACCACGCCAACUUGGCAUUAUCACCGACUUGACUACGACCAAACAAAACCCUUACGGAUCUUUGGCUAUAUGGCUGCUCUUCAGCUUGCUCAACGGUCAAUCCGGCUUGGGUUUCGUCGAGGGACUAGCCAGGAUUACGAUCGAGCAGUUUUCCUACCGCCAACUCACUAACGCGGUUUUCAACCAUGUCAUGAGCGUCCUAAUGGAAUUCCACGCCGAGAGAGACUCGGCUGAGAUUAUGAAGGCCAUCUAUCAGGGUGAAUCACUCAGAGUCUUACUGGAAGUUGGAGUCGUGAACUUUUUCCCCACGACAAUAGACAUGGUCAUAGCACUUGGGGUCCUCUACUGGAAGUUCAACGCAUACGUCUCUUUGGCCAUGCUAACAACAUCCGUGGCAUUUGUCACGCUAGAGGUUUUCACUUCAAACUUCAACAUUGCGAACCGCCGUGCAUCUAGUCAGACUGAAAGAGAACAGGCACGAACUAUGUACCAGGCUAUCCAAGGAUGGCAGACUGUCUCGUACUUCAAUAUGUUCGGCUUCGAGAAACGUCGGUUCAGCCAAGCUGUGAGCACGCACCUAGCCGCAAGCCCCUUCUUCGUCUUGGCAAGUCUAGUGCUCUAUGAAAUCUCUCAGGAGAGAGCCUCGACUGGCGAUUUUGUAUUGCUGUUGUCAUAUUGGAGUCUUUUUGUUUAUCCUCUCAAGUCUGUCUCCAACUAUUAUCGGUUUUUGAUGAGGAACCUGGUCGACGCGGAGCGCCUCCUCGAGUUGUUACAGACCAAGUCGACCAUUGUUAAGAUAGAGAACGCCACGGUCCUGGGUGGUACAAAAGGCCAUGUUACUUUCGAGGAUGUUGGUUUUUCGUACGACCCAAGGCGACCAACGAUCCACAACCUAAACAUUUCUGCCGCCCCGGGAGAAACUAUUGCCUCGGUUGAAGAGACUGGCGCAGGGAAGUCGACGAUUAUGAAACUUCUUUUGCGCUUCUACGACGUCACAUCGGGAAGGAUAACGAUCGAUGGCCACGAUCUCCGUGACAUCACUCUGAAUUCUCUUCGGGAGGUUCUUGGCGUUGUCCCUCAAGACCCGUUGCUUUUCAACGCUUCUGUGAUGGAAAACGUGCGCUAUGCACGUCUUUCGGCGACAGAAGAGGAGAUUUUCGACGCCUGCCGGGCUGCUGCGAUCCAUGAGAAGAUUCUUACGUUCGCCGAUGGCUAUGGCAGCAAGGUUGGCGAGCAAGUAGUGAAGCUAUCUGGCGGAGAGGUCCAGCGACUAGCCAUCGCGCGCGUGUUUUUAAAGAACCCUCCGGUUCUCAUUCUGGAUGAGGCCACGAGCGCAGUUGAUACCAAGACAGAAGCAAGCAUUCAACAUGCCUUAGAUGUCUUGAAAAGUGGACGGACGACAUUUAUCAUUGCACAUAGACUAUCAACAGUCGUUAAUGCAAACAAGAUAGUAGUGAUUCACGAGGGAAGGGUAGCCGAGAGCGGCACUCAUAAUGAAUUGCUGACAAAGAGAGGGAUUUAUGAAGACUUGUGGAGAAGGCAAAUUGGUGGUGCAUCAUAG